CUGUGGCUGUAAUAAAGAUUGAUUUGAUUUUGAUUUGGUGUUUAGAAAGCGGGAAGAAGAGAAGAAGCGGGAAGUUCUGAAUAACCCAGUAAAAAUGAAGAAGAUCAAAGAACUGUUGCAAAGCAGUUUGGAAAAGAAGAAGCGGAAGAAAGAGAAGAAAAAGAGGCACAAGAAACACAGACACCAGAGUCUUAGCAGCAGUGAAGAGGAACAGAGUAAAGCCAAGUCCUGUGAGAAAACCAGCAGUUUGCCAUUGGAGUCCCUUCAUCCCAAAACAUCAGGCUACGGAUUGCAGGUUCGUGGCGAUGACCACAAGAGGACCGGUUCCCACAAGCGCUCCAAAAGUUCCAGGUCGGAGAGCCAGCACCUCUCGCCGCAGAAGCACAGCGGCAAGCUGAGCUCGUUUGAGGCAGAAUACAGGAGGCCACGAUCGCCUCUGGGAAACACUAAAGAGCACAACAGCAAGGAGGAGAAACCCAGAACUGGAGGCAGGAGUCCCCCCUCUAAGAAAGAAGGCUACCGGAGACAGCAGGCCUCGGGGUACACCAGAAAUCUCUCGGCUGAGGAGCUGGAGUUGAAGCGGCAAGAAAUGAUGGCGAAUGCCAAGUGGCGGGAAGAAGAGAGAGCAAACAAUGUGAGGACACAUCAGAAAGAGGAAGCGCGGGAGCGAGAGCGGGAGAAGCUGGACAAACGCGAUGGGAAGUUUAUACACCACAUGAAGCUAGAGAGCGCGUCUACCUCCUCUCUGGAGGAAAGGGUCAAGAGGAACAUCCACUCUAUCCAAAGGACACCAGCAGCCCUCGAGAAAAACUUCAUGCGAAGAUGAGGUUUCUCCUGAACGCAUUCUCUCUGAUUCCGCCAACCCAGCGAGGACUUGCAUACCGAGGGGGUGACCAGGGCUGGGCCAGGAGCAAGCAGGUUGAGCUGGAGGGCGGCCCUUCCUUUCCUCCCCGAUUCCGCAGCCACGCGGAAGGGGCAUAUCUGCACCCGCUGAGGCUGUCCUUGAUGAGAAGCAGCAGCAUGUGCCUUCUGAGGCUGCCGUGGUGGUCUGUAAGGUGCAGGGCAAAUCAGAAAGGUUAGAUUUUAUUAGCCGAUAAUGUUCCUGCUGCUUUUGUACAGAGUCUGACUCGCUUGGCCUCCAGAUGGGUCUAAACUGCAGAGAGAAGCAAGCAGUUCACGUGUCUGACAGCUUUUCUUUCAUUCUUGGUCACCCCCAGUCACCCUGGGGUUUUUAAACAAGACGUGCCACAUGGCUAGAGGGCCACAUGAACCACGGUUUCCUCCUUUUUGUCCCUAGAGGAGGGCCUUUUAAAAACGACUUUAUAUGGGCUGUGUUCCUAUUUCUGCUUCCAAAGUGAGCAAGCUUACAUUCCAGGAGAACAGGCAAAAAAGUGACCAAGUGAGACAAUAUUACACCAUUUUGUGUGUGUGAACACCACUGUCCUGUGUAAAAUAUUGGAGUCUGUAUAUUUGACGGGCAUUAAAAAUGUCUCUGGAGCA